AUGCCGAGAGGGUCAAAGGGCAAAGGCAAUAAUGCAAACGAAAAUGGCAAAGCUGAGGCAAAGUCAGAACCUAAAGUAGAUGUGAAAUCUGAAAUAAAAACUGAAAGUAAGAAUGAGAAAUCUGAGCCAGUAAAAGCUGCUGACGUAAAAAUUGAAAAUUCUGCAGCUAGCACUAGUGGUCAGUGUCUGAGUCCAACGUUAUCCUCGUCGUCUGCUGAUGAGGGAAAAGGUGCAUUAGGGGGAGUGACAGCUUCGUCGCGAGAAAAAAUACAAACAUUUCUUAGUGAGCUGUUUCAUAAUAUCAAGGAUAUACAGGUUGAACGAGAUAGAGCAGAACACAAUUUAACCAACAUUAGCAAGACACAUGAGAAAAUGCAGGAAGAAGGGAAAGUGACGCCCUACUACAGGCAGAAGUUGAAGUCGCUCUACAGUGCUGCUACAACAGAUGCUGAAGCUGAGGCAGAAGUGAUACGUGCAGCUUUGGAAAAAAUAAAAGAGAUCAAGAAGCUACAGGAAAAGUCAGCGAAACAAAAACAUGAUUCUGGGAGACCCAAGCAGAUCAUGCGCAGAGGCGUCCUGAUGUCACAGCUGCAACAGAAUGCCACCACGCUACCACUGUGGGUGAGCAAGCCUGGAGAGAGCCCUCCUCCAUUAUGUGGAGCUGUCCCUGCUGACAGUAACUACAUAUCACAGGCUGAGGACAAGGUCGCUGCCAGGGUGAAAGGUCAGGAUGAGGAAGAGAACUGGAUCUUAGCUGAGGUCGUGGAGUUCAAUCCACAUACUGGGAAGUACGAGGUUGAUGAUGUCGAUGCUGAAGAAGGAAAAGAGCGUCACUGCAUCAGUAAACGUAGAGUUGUUCCCCUUCCUAUAUGGAAAGCAAACCCAGAGACUGAUCCUGGAGCUUUGUUUCCUAAAAAGACGUUGGUGCUUGCACUUUACCCACAGACAACCUGUUUCUACAGAGCUUUGGUUGAUGAACCUCCUAAAAAGCCACAAGACGACUACUCAGUUUUGUUUGAAGACACCUCCUACCCCACAGGCUACUCUCCUCCACUCAUGGUUCCGCAAAGAUAUGUCAUUGCUUGUAAAGAGGAGAAAAAGAAAUAA